GUUUCAUCUUUUUAUUUUAAAAGAUAUAUAUUUUUUUUUUUUGAAAUUUUUUUUUCUUUCUCAGAACUAAACCUAACUACUAAUUUCAGGUCUGGCAAAAAAUACAGGAUGUUGGUAAUGAUAUGGCUGUUCUUGGUAAUAGCCUCUUAGAGCUUUCAAAGACGUUUUCUACCGAACAGUUGAAGAAGUUCUACACUCGGGAAUCGAAGCCUAAUCCUAAUGCAGAGAACAUCAGAAAUGUCUGUGUUUAUGACAAUUGCAAGCUAUGUGGAGAGAAGGCAGCGGUGACAGACUGUUUAGCUUGUGAUCAUUGCGAAGAUAUGUACCAUGUCUCAUGUGCACAUCCAGGUGGGAAAGGGAUGUCUACGGGAAGUUGGUACUGUAUAAACUGCACAGCUAAUGGAAUCGGAUCACCUCACGAGAAUUGCGUAGUGUGUGAAAGAAUGAAGACAGAUAGCAGACGUGUUGAUAAAAGUACAGAAUGUAAAGAAGAUUCAAACGAAUCUGAAGAGAACUCAAGCUGCAACAUCAACCAUGGAGGUCACAAAGUAGAGGUGAAGAGAGAUUCUGAACUCUGUAGGACAUGUGGAACAAAAGUGGUGGAGAAUGGCAGGUUCAUAACAUGUGAUCACCCUUUUUGCCCACACAAGUAUUACCACAUCAGGUGUUUGACUGCAAAGCUAGUAAAACUACACGGUGGCGCUCGUUGGUAUUGCUCCUCGUGCCUAUGCAGAAACUGUCUAACCGACAAGGAUGAUGCGUAUCACAUAUACUGCAUGAAACCUCCACGUGCAUCGGUUCCAGAUGAAGAAUGGUUUUGCAAAACUUGUAACGCUGCAAGUCAGAAAGUCCGUAAAGUGAGAAAGGCUUAUGAGAAGAAGAUGGGGACGUUGCAGAAACAAAAUGGGAAUCUGAAGAGCAAUGGAGAUAGUGUAGGAGGAGGAGUGGACAUGCUUCUAAACGCAGCCGACACUCUGAAAGAUUAAGAACAUACUUUACAAUCCAUUAAAUGAAGGAUCGGAACCAGUAGUCAGUAUAUACAGCUUCUUGUCUCUAAAAAGAUUAUGUCCAUCUUCCUAACUUUGAAGACUUUAAUAUUGAUUCGUCUCUACAAAAUUUGUGAACAUACUUUAAUCAAAAGUGCCUUAUUUUAAAAGAUAUUUUGAUAUGCCCAUGUAUUAAAGUUCUGAUUUCCGGUUUAACCCCAACUGUUUUAGUGAACCUAUAUGAAUAUAUAUAGACUACAAGU